CAUAAUUAUUUCUUCCCCAUUUCCAAAUUUCUUUACAGCUGCCCAAAACCCAAAAAAACCCACCAUUUUUUUUAUAAAAAAAGUCACCAAACGCCCAAAAAUCCAUCAUUUCUUUGUUAACAAAAAGAACCCAAUUGAUAAAAAUCUCUUCUUUUCUUUCUUUCUUUCAAGUUUCACUUCAAUGGCGAACAACCCAGAAACCCCAAAUCAAGAUUUUCUGGAACAACUUCUUGAGAUGCAAACUUAUGCUGCUGCAGCAGCAGCAGCAGCUGCUGGAGACCCGAAUUUGGCGGGUACUGACAUGAAUAUGGGCCCUGGAGCUCCGAUGAUGCUCCAAUUAAGCUCCGGCCCAGGUGGGUUUCAUGGGCCGCCCGUUUUUCCGUUGGGCUUAAGCUUGGACCAGGCUGGAAAGCCCACUUCUGGGUUUAUGAAACCAGAUGAGGGUUCAAGUAGUGUUAAUAAGCGUUUUCGUGAUGACCCACAUCAUCAUCUUGUUGAUGCUGCUGCAAAUUCUGGUCCAAAGAAUGUUUACCAUGGCCAGCCGAUGUCGAAUCCGGUUCCUGUGGCACCUCAUCAACCUGCUAUUCGUCCUAGAGUACGAGCUAGACGAGGACAGGCUACUGAUCCCCAUAGUAUUGCUGAGAGGUUGCGAAGAGAAAGAAUUGCUGAAAGAAUCAGGGCAUUGCAAGAGCUUGUUCCUAGUGUCAACAAGACGGACAGAGCUGCAAUGCUUGAUGAAAUUGUGGAUUAUGUGAAGUUUUUGAGGUUGCAAGUUAAGGUUUUGAGCAUGAGUAGAUUGGGUGGAGCUGGUGCAGUGGUGCCACUCGUUACAGACAUGCCAAUAUCAUCCGUUGAGGAAGAGGGUGGGGAAGGUGGGCGAGGUCAACCCGUGUGGGAAAAAUGGUCUAAUGACGGAACUGAGAGACAAGUUGCAAAACUCAUGGAAGAGAAUGUUGGGGCCGCAAUGCAAUUCCUUCAAUCUAAGGCACUUUGCAUCAUGCCUGUCUCACUUGCAUCUGCAAUCUACCACACUCAGCCGCCAGAUGCAUCGUCACUUGUGAAGCCCGAGUCAAACCCACCUUCAUAAACCUCUUGUAUUAGAAGGUGAUAAUCCCUAGUUCCCUUAUCUUUAACUCGCUAAUCUGAUCGGGGUCCCGCCAAUAUAUAUAUUAUAUAUUUUACUGUCAAAAUUCAACCCUCCAAAGAAGAAAUCAGUUCAAUCAUCUCAUCUUUGAAAUUUGGUAUCAAAGUCAGAUACCAUAGUGCCCAACUUUUUUCCCUUUUAUCCUUUUGUCAACAAAUAGGGACUGAUAUCAUGGCUUAAAAAAUGGAAGCACACCUCUAACAUUAGUCUUUGUUGAGUUCAAGUAAAGGCAAGAAAUGAGAAAUUGUCAAAGCUUACACUUGAUAUACUCUGUUUCUCUGUCUUUUUUCUGAAUUUUUGAAUCAUAAGGUGGAGAAUAGUGGUGGAUGACAAAAGCACUUUAUGUAAUACUUCUACUAUUUUGUUAGUGGAGGGUUGUCAAUUUUUUGCUCUUUGUUAGUGGGUGGUGGGACCUUGAUAAAGGAAUGAAUGGAUUAGUACAUAUGUGUCUUUUGUAAUUUGUAAUGAAGUAAUUUCUUAUCAGGAAAGAGUGCAGAUUUUAGAAAAGGAUAA